AUGGCCUCGUCACCGAAAGCAAGGGAUCCUCUGGACGCACUCCAGUUGCUUGUCAACGACGUGCUUGUUCACACCGGCAAGGCUCUGCGUGCCUCGCGACGAGAUGGUCAGGGCAACCUGCCUCCGUCUCCACCACAAGCCAAGUUACCAGAUACCAUCAAAGACUUCCAUUCCGCUCUUGACAACCUUGAAAAUGGCAUUAUCCGUGCCAAGUCGGUCCUUCUUCGCGACAUGGAUCAGCUUAGGAUACAUAAGCAUGCUUGCCAACAGUCGCACAUCUCCCAGCCGCAUCCCGUACAGGCCCAACCCAACUCUCCCGUGACCAUCGAGCUGGAUUCAUCCCCGCAAGCUUCGCUCAAGAGAGAAACAAUGGAGACCUCCGCCGUGGCUAGCAAGCCCAUCGCCCCCUUUCCUGAUAUGGGAAUGCCCGAGUCUACCUCGUCAGCCGUCAUUAUCAAGGAGGAGACUCCACCAUCACGAGCCGCAGACACCAGACCAGAAGGCGGGACUUCAAGCACGGUUCAGCCAAACGGAAAGCCGUUGACGCCUGCGGCACCUGCGUCCGCGGCUGACCCAAGGAUGGAGGAAAAGCAGCCUGCUCUCACCGGCGGCAACGAUGGCCCGGUCACGGCCAAUUCGGACCUCAAUUUCACCGACAUGGAGUUCUCGCUGGCCCCAGGAAGCGAUAACCAGACCCAGCCCGGCGCUGGCGCUGUCGCUGUCGCACCUUCAGGCCCCGGCGAGGCCCCGCUCGAGGUCGUCGCGUACGGCGCCGCCAACGUCGGCAUGCAGAGAGGCUCCUCGACAACUACCAAAGCCCAACAAAGCACGGCCACAGACCCGCCGGCCGUUCCGCCAACCGCGCGGGCGGAUACCUUGACAGAGGCACAAGCAAGUGCCCAGGGACGAAAGCAAAAGGAGCUGCAUCGCCCUGAGCCUGCUCACGCUUUCACUGGGGGUGGACAAACCGACGGCAUGGACUUUGACUUUAGUCUUGACAACGACGGCAUGGGAGGCGACACGUUUGAUGACCUCAUGAAUGACCGAGACAACACAUUUGACCCGAUGGAACACGGCGAUUACGACGCCAACUAUUAUUUCGACAAGUCUGAUGAGGCUUAG